CAACACUUACUACCAUGCACCUGGCAAACACGUUGCAUGCUGAUAAAUCUCAGCUGGUCUCACAUACUGAACUCGGCCUCCAUCGAUUUCAUCCAUGGUCCGCUUCUCGAAUGCGCUCGUGCGGAUCAUACAGCCGCGAACGAAGCAGGCACCAGCGAUGUCGACGAAUGCGCCCACAGAGAUACUUCAACAGGCGUUCAUCACCUUCUUCCCACCCAUACCGAUGCACGUUCUAGAAUGGCUGUCCGGGAGAUAUCUCCCCGACGCGAUAUAUAGCUCACGUGGCGCGGAUGUGGGUCGAUGCCGCUGGGUUUUGUUGGGAAAGUGGAGGUCCUGCUUGGGUCCUGCUUUGGAGCUUGGACGGCUCCAACUGUCGUACGUUUCCCAACCAGGGGGGAUACGAGGCGGAGGGAUCUCCAGUGCCUGUACGGUGCGUGGCUCGAGAGGAUACAAAAGCCGCGCGCAUUUCACCGGCAGGCCGUCCUCAUCUUCACUUCGCCCCCAUGUUUCGCGCGCUCCUCAUUUUCGCUUUUCUCGCUGUGGCCAUCGCGAGUCCGACUCCGAAUGCAGGUCCUGCUGACGUCAUCAGCGCCGUCGGGGUCAUCAAAGACAAGUGCACGGUGCUCGACAACGGUGUCAAGGGCAUCUCGUCCCCCGCGACCGGGACUCAAAUCCUCAAUCUGGAGGUCAACGUGCUCGGUGUCCAGAACGCCCUGAAAUCCGCGCAGCAGACCCUCACGGGUGCGACGCUGAGCACCGCAGACUGCGCCACGUGGUCUGACGCCGUCCACGGCACCGUCCCGAUCAUCAGCACCACGCUGAGCGAUUUCAACGCCAAGAAGUCGGCGUUGCCCAGCGCUGUCAAGGUGGUCGUCUGCUCGAACGCCAAGAGCCUCCAGUCCUCGUGCGACACGUACAUGAACUCGGCCAAAGGCUUGUGUCCUGAGCGCAAGGAUCAAUGGGUGUCCGACCAAGCGGCGCUGGACCAAUCGUUCAAAGGGCUCCUGGAUCCGAGUGGCUUCAAUUGCGCGUGAUCGAGUGACAUGGGUCGUUGGGGGCUCGAAUGUUCAGCUAACAAGUCAGAGUAGUCGACGCAUGCCUCGUGAUCGACCCAUGCGUAUGGAGUUUACGGAUGAGAGAUUGGGAAGUAAAUGAAUGUUUUGAAUGUUUUGGAGGCGAUGCGGCAGCGGUGAGGUCGAAGAUCUUUGUUUCGAUGUUCGGAGUCGCGUGGGCCUAUCACACCUCCCCCUUUUCAGUGUCCAAAUUUCCGGCUUCUCUGAGCACUUUGCUAAGGAACAAGAAAUGAUGUCUGCGGCAUCUGGAAAAAUCAUGCCGUCUCGGAUCGCUGAUAUUCUUUCUUUGCCGGACAUCAAUGCUGUGAUCUCUUGAUAUGUUCCUGCAUCGUUUACAUGCAAUUUUUUGGGAGCGAUCACAAAAU